CACACAAAAUCUUGCUAUUCCAAAGCAAAAUCCCAAACCAAAAAAAUGGGAAAAGACAAGAAACAAGGUCCCAACUUGGUGAAGCUAGCCUACCACUACAUGAUCUCAUACACUAUGUACCUCCUCCUCUUCCCCUUACUCCAAAUCCUCUCAACCCUACUACACAAACACAACCACCACCUCAAAUCCAGCUACCUCCUCUCCCCGGCGGCGUGCUUGGCCCUAGCGGCCCUCCUCACCUCCCUCUACUUCACCACGCGGCCGAGGAGAGUCUACCUGGUCGACUUCGCGUGCUACAAGCCCAGGGAGGAGGCGAUGUGCACCAAAGAGAUGUUCAUGGACCGGUCGAGACGAGCAAAGUGCUUCACCGAGGAGAAUCUCGAGUUCCAGAGGAAGAUCCUAGAGAGGUCGGGGCUCGGGGAGAAGACCUACUUCCCUGAAGCCCUGCUGAGGGUCCCGGCCGAGCCGUGCAUGGCGGAGGCGAGGAAGGAGGCGGAGAUGGUUAUGUUUGGGGCGAUUGAUGAGGUCUUGGAGAAGAGCGGUGUGAGGGUGAAGGAUAUUGGGAUACUUGUUGUGAAUUGUAGUUUGUUUAAUCCGACGCCGUCGUUGUCGGCCAUGGUUGUGAAUCGGUACAAGAUGAGGGGGAAUGUGUUGAGCUAUAACCUUGGUGGGAUGGGAUGUAGUGCUGGAUUGAUCUCCAUUGAUCUUGCCAAACAACUUCUUCAGGUGCACCCAAACUCAUACGCCCUGGUAGUGAGCACGGAGAACAUCACCCAAAACUGGUACUUCGGCAACAACCGCUCCAUGCUCCUCUCCAACUGCAUCUUCCGCAUGGGCGGCGCCGCCGUCCUCCUCUCCAACCGCCCCUCCGACCGGCGCCGCGCCAAGUACCAGCUCCUCCACACUGUCCGCACCCACACUGGCUCGGACGACCGCAGCCACGCCUGCGUCUUCCAGCAGGAGGACGACGCCAAGCGCCUCGGCGUCGCACUCUCCAAGGACCUCAUGGCCGUGGCGGCCUCCGCCCUCAGGACCAACAUCACCGCCCUGGGCCCGCUCGUCCUCCCCGUCUCCGAGCAGCUCCUCUUCGUCCUCAGUUUGCUCGCCAGGAAGGUAUUCAAGAUCCAAAUCAAGCCGUACGUGCCGGACUUCAAGACGGCGUUCGAGCACUUCUGCAUCCACGCGGGCGGGCGGGCGGUGCUCGAUGAGAUGGAGAGGAGCCUCGGGUUGACAGAGUGGGAAAUGGAGCCUUCUAGAAUGACGCUGUAUAGGUUCGGGAACACUUCGAGCAGCUCGCUGUGGUAUGAGCUGGCGUAUGCCGAGGCUAAGGGUCGGGUGCGGAAGGGGGACCGGACGUGGCAGAUUGCGUUCGGGUCGGGCUUCAAGUGCAACAGCGCUGUGUGGAGGGCGAUGAGGGACGUUGAUCCGGCCGAGGAGAAGAAUCCUUGGAUGGAUGAGAUUGCUGAUUUUCCGGUCAAGCUACCCUUCUAGAGUUGGUUGCUCUGAUCGUUUGUAUAGUAGCCAUCACAUUUCAUGUCAAUAGUAUUUUUUUUGAAAUAAAUCCUUAGCAUUAGUACAUUUUUUAGGGGGAUAUAUGUGGGAUUUGUUGAGAGGAUGUAUUUAAUUGGAAGGAUUUGA